AUGUUGAUGGCCACCUUGGCCCUUUCUGAGGAAAACACAAGAAAGCUGCUGCUCAAAGAUGAGAGAACACUGCAGCAAGAAGCCUCUGCAGCAUCCAGGAUCCCCUCUAUAUUUCUCAGGAGUGGACUGCUGAACCAGAGAGAGAAAGAGAGGGAGGUGAACAGUUCGGUUCUCUCAGUAAAGAUGUGGCUCUGUGUGUUUCUGCUCUACUCUGUGCUGCAGGAAUCUUCAGGUUGCACUGUGGAGAGAGGUUUGGGGGCAGUCAUCACCAAAUCUGUGGGAGACUCUGUGGUGCUGCCGUGCUCCUGUACAAACCUACAGGAUGAUCCACAGACAGUGCAGUGGGGAUUUUUGGAAAGGAUCAUAAUAGGCAACUACACAGCGGAACUCUCAGUGUUUCCACAGGAUGGCAGUCAGAAUCAGCGCUACAGAAACAGAGUUCAGAGACUGAAUCAGAAUAAACCAGGAGAUUUAUCUCUGAUUAUCUCUCACCUCACUGAGAAAGAUGAAGGAACGUAUCUGUGUUGCAUCAAGAAGACGUAUUCCAGAGCCAUCAAUCUUUAUGUUAGAGGCUGUACUGCGCUGUGUGUUAGGGAGAGAACGUUCACUCGAUCUCCAGGAGAGUCUGUUCUGCUGCCCUGUCCCUGUCCCAGAAACGAAAAUAAGAUCUACCCUAAGAGAGUCACAUGGACUAAAGAUCAGACUGCAGUGUGUAACGAUACAGAAUCCUACAGAGGCAGAGUCUGGAUGUUCGACCAAAACCAUUCCAGAAAUUUCUCUCUCCUCAUCUCAGAUCUGACUAAAGAGGACUCUGGAGACUACACCUGCAACGCUGAUGACCACACACCAUAUGUCACACUACACGUCAAAGUGAAGAAAGAAAUCACAGGCCAGUCUGAUUUCUCCACUGUGAUUGUCAUCACUUUGUGUGUUUGUGUGGUUCUGCUACUCAUUGGACUGAUUGGAGAAUCAGCACUGAUCUGCAAACUGAGACAAAAAUGGACACAAGGGUCUGUCUCUACAAACACUGAGAAAAGAACACAGAACACAGCUGAUGGUGAUUAUGAAAAUGGUCCUCUAAGAAACCAUAACAAGAUCAGCAUGGGUCCGAUCUACCAGAGUCUGGACCCCAACAUCAACCAAUCAGAUUCAGUCUACCAGAGCCUGGACACCAACACCAUCCAAUCAGAUUCAGUCUACAAGAGUCGUAUACCAUAA